GGGCCGCAGGCGGCGAUGGGCGAGGAGCAGAGCACGGUGAGCGGCGGCGGCGGGCCACAGGAGGCAAAGAUCUCCGCCGGCGACGCCGCGGGCCACCCCGAGCCCCCACGACCGCGGGGGGACAGCUCCGGGGCGCCCAGAUCGCGCGCGGACUCCGCGGAGCCGAGCGGCAGCGGCUGCGGAAGCAACUCGGGUUGCGCGGACACGAGCGCCCCGGAGCCCGCGAGGACCCGGGGGGCCCUGGGCUGGAGGAAGAGCCAAGCGCCGGGGCAGCCCGCGGGACUGGCACUCGCCGGGCCCCUCAAACCCCAGACUUUGCAACAGCAGCUGGAGGAGGAGGAGGAAGCUGGGGACCGAACCGAGGGAGGGGAUGAACAGCAUGAGGCGCCCCCCAGCGAGGAGCCAGAGUCCAGGAUCCGCGUCGGGCUCCCCGACGGGUUGGUUCUGGACGUGCUGGGCCCCCGGCGCCCACCCCCAGCAAAGAGACACGUAUUCUGCUCCGUGUACUGCGUGGAGAACGACCUGCCCGAGGCCUCCGCUACCGAGCAGCUCUCGCCACCCGCGUCGCCACCUCCAGUGCCGAUGCCUAGUCCUUCCAGUCCUCCCGCCUCUUUCCCCAGCCCCCGGCCAUCCCUUCCAACCGAUCCCCUCUCCUCCGACGGCGGCAGCAUUGAGCUAGAGUUCUACCUGGCGUCGGAGGCAUUCUCCGUGCCCAGCCUAUUGGGAGCUCCACCCUACUCUGGCCUGGGUGGGGUAGGGGAUCCUUAUGCGCCCCUCAUGGUGCUGAUGUGCCGGGUGUGCCUGGAAGACAAGCCCAUCAAGCCCUUGCCCUGCUGCAAGAAGGCCGUGUGCGAGGAGUGCCUCAAAGUCUACCUGAGCUCCCAGGUACAACUUGGCCAGGUAGAAAUCAAAUGCCCUAUCACAGAAUGUUUUGAAUUCCUGGAAGAAACAACUGUUAUCUAUAACUUAACACAUGAAGACUCCAUCAAAUAUAAGUACUUCUUGGAACUCGGCCGUAUUGAUUCCAGCACCAAGCCAUGUCCUCAGUGCAAGCACUUUACAACCUUCAAGAAAAAAGGACAUAUUCCCACCCCUUCCAGAUCUGAAAGCAAAUACAAAAUCCAGUGCCCCACUUGCCAAUUUGUCUGGUGUUUUAAGUGCCACUCUCCUUGGCAUGAAGGUGUUAACUGCAAGGAGUAUAAAAAAGGAGACAAAUUAUUGCGCCACUGGGCCAGCGAAAUUGAGCAUGGGCAGAGGAAUGCCCAGAAGUGUCCAAAGUGCAAGAUCCACAUCCAGAGAACCGAAGGAUGUGACCAUAUGACUUGUUCACAGUGCAACACUAAUUUUUGUUACCGAUGUGGGGAGAGAUACCGCCAGCUCCGUUUCUUUGGAGACCACACAUCAAACCUCAGUAUAUUUGGAUGCAAAUACCGCUACCUCCCAGAGAGACCUCAUUUAAGGAGAUUAAUUCGAGGGUCGGUCUGUGCUGGAAAAUUAUUUGUUGCACCUGUAAUCCUGGUUUUGGGAUUAGCACUAGGGGCCAUAGCAGUUGUAAUCGGUUUAUUUGUAUUUCCUAUCUAUUGCCUUUGUAAAAAACAGAGAAAACGAUCGCGGACAGGUAUGCACUGGUAAAAUGCAGAUGAUUUCAUCUGAACUAUGCUGGUCCGGGUAGGAGCUAUGCAGAAUGGUAUACCCAUGUGUGAGCCACAUCUUGAAAAUCACUGAGAGGAAUCUUCUGCCAUCUUGUCUUCUCAUGGUUCUCUGCAGGCCACAAUGCCUCUAGCUACGGUGCACUCCCAACAUAGUGUCCUGUCUCUUUCCCUAUACAAAUUGCUGCUUAUAAAAAAAUGGUCACUUUCAUAGACUAUAAGCAUCUGUAUCAUAACUUUGACCUUCUUCAUGGCUCUUUGAAGAAAAUAUUUUAAUUAAGAACCAACUUUCCUCAGAAUUGUUCUGAGUACACCUCUACUGAGCAUUGCUUGGACUGUCUUUGAGCCCUGAACCUCCCUCCAUGCCAUCUUGUGACACUUGGUGUGAAUAGCUGACGUCUCAUCUGUACCAAUAAGCAAGGCCACUUUUCCGAAGAUGAAGGUUCACUAUAUGCACCUGUUUUCAUCUGUGGCCCAUGCAGUAUAAUUCAUUCAUCCUUCAGAUGGCAUAAUUGCUUAAAAAUCUCAAUGCCCAAAAGGGAACUAAUGAGACUAAAUUAAUGAGAAGAAUCAUGAGUUGCUGAAAUAUAGCAUAUAUGUAUAGGGGUGUGAAUGUGUGUAUGUAUAAAUACCUAUGUUAAAACUAGGCCAAUAACUUUGUACUUCUCUAGUUCCAUGCCUCUGCACUAUUUUUCACAUUUUAAUAGAGCUCUUUAAAGAUGAUGGUUCCUUUGUGGGCAUAGUUUGGUAAUGUACCGAAUUAAAGUCAAUGUACACAACAGCCUGUUUCGAUGUUGGCACUUUCUAUUUCUUGUUCUCUCUUUUUGUCACACACACACACACACACACGUGCAGUGUCACCCAAGGGUUAUCAAAGUUUGUAUCCUGGCAAAACUGAUAGGCUGCUUUUAGGAAGUUCUCAAGACCUGAGCAUUUGAUCUUUUCGGAUUUCUUAUAUGUUGGCAUGCAUGCUUCACUUUACAGAUAAAUUCUUCUGGUGGAGUUAGUUAAUCCAAAGAACAAGUUUGGUAUAAGGAGAAUUGCUUAACCCUUCAAACAAAUCCCUAUUCUGCUAAAAUUUUUAUCAGGUUAGCAAUUACAGGUAAUUCUGCUUUAGGUCAAGGUUUCACACUAUUUAAUACCUACCCUCUUCUCUUUCCUUCUCUUUCUCUCCCUUUUUUAUUUGUCCUGGAGUUUUUCAUAAAAAGAAAUACAACUUUCGAAGGACUUUUUUAUGUUUUCUGCUCAAAUGCAUAUAAUAAUCUGUUGGUAUCUUCUGUGAGGAGGUAAUCUGAAAACAAAAGUUUUUGUGUUCGUGGGUAUAUCUAAAAUGUAAACCACUUUUGGAGAAGGAAACAAAAAAAUGAAGGAAGUGUUUUUGAGAAGUUUUUCAAAGCUGGGAAGUCUUUAAAAACAAGAAAAAGGUCAAGUAUUUGAACUGAUACUUGUUUUUAUCACAAAAGUUCAUCAGCAGAAAAGAAGAAAACACCCAUAAAAAGCUUGAAAUACCUGAUUGUCUCCAAAUCCUUAAAGUUAGCUAUCUGCUGUAGAUGUAGCAUUUAUUUGUCAGCACCCUUGCCUGACAUGAAAUAGGUUAUGUGAUAAAACAUGCAUUAACGUGGAUAGUUUGUCUUUGUUGGGCUCCAGAGUAUAAGAACAUUUGUCAUUUAUGAUUGACCUAAAAAGUCUGUAAUAAGGACAUUUACUUGCAUAGAUAACAAGCCAGCACACUUCCAUUUUUCUGAAUAAUAAUUGGAAUAGUUAUCUAUAGCUUUUGGACUAGUUGUCUAUUCCAGUUAAAGAAGGGUGUGCCAUUUAUGGUUCUGGAAUAGUGUAUUUUUAAAAUAUAGCAUAAUAUAAGACAAUGUGAUGCUCUGGUUUCACAAAUUCAUCUUUGCAUUCCUCUAUCCAUCCAUCCAUCUGUCCAUCCAUUGAUUGAACAAAUAUUUAUUGAGCGGCUCCUCUAGGUACUCUAGUAUAAAGACUGAAAGAAUGAGACUUUCUGGCAUAAAUCCAUGUAUUUCUAUCAUAAAGUACUUAAUUUUUAUAAAUAUGUCUUUCCUGGAUUUAGGCCUUAGUUUGGUGAUAUGUGAAUAUAGUCAAUUCUAAAUUGAGUGAGUGUGUAUAUGUAUGUUAUACAUAUGUAUGUACAGAAAAUAUUUCCAUAGCUGCAUAUGAAUAUAUAUGCCACAGACAUAUAUACCAACUGAUUGAAUACUUAUGCUCUCUUGUCUGGAUAAUCUAUUUUCUUAGGUUAUUGUAACUGUUGUCUUUGGCCUACUCAGGGAUUUUUAUUCCUUUCUUUUUAAGUAAUUUAUCUUUUGGAGGUAUUUUUAUAUUAUUUAGAAAACUUCCCAAUAUUUUUAUUACAAAGCAGUGUCAUCAAACAGUGAAGGCUAGUCUAUCAGUGCUUGAGGUAGUGUGCAUUGUGGUCUACAGGUGUUUCAUUUUUCUAUUGCAUAGAUUUUUUUUAAUUAAUGUAUUUUCCUUUUUACAAGUUGAUAUAUAUCUGGUCUUUCCCUGCUGAUGGGUUAAAAUUAUUUGUGAGUUUUUUUUACUAAACUUUAUCAAAAUCAUGAAAAUAAAACAGAAUAUUUAUAUGUUAGUGCCAACAUUGAAGGUAAAAUUAUUGUAGUAACGUUUAGAGUAAAUUCUAAAAACUACUUUAGGUAGGAAAAGAUGCAUGCACAUAAAAUGAAUGUCUUUCUAGCAAAGGCUUGUCAUUUUGUAUUUGUUUUUAUUCUAAAUUUAGUACUGACUUCUUUAAAAACACCAAACCAUAAAAUUAUAAAAUACAUGUUCUUCUGCUUAUCCCGCCCCUUAUUUGCUAGGGGUAACCACUGUUCAUGGUUUGGUGUGUGUCUUUCCAGACGCUGUCUACAAAUAUACAAAUAUGUGUGUGUAUGUGUAAGUGUCAGAGUGUGUAUUACUUUUAUUCAGAUAGAAUAAUAAUAUUCUUACUGUCCUGUGACUUAUUUUUCAUUUUUCGUAUAGCAGUGGACACCUUUCCAUAAGAGUGUAAAUAGAAUUACCUCAUCUUUUUGAAAAUUACUGCAUAUUCCUUUGUAGGGUUGUAUCUUAAUUUAUUUAAUUAGUCCCCUAUUGAAUGGACAAUGAGAUUUUUUUCACUUCUCUAUGACCAACAAAGUUUCAGCAAAGAUCCUUUUAUGUAUGUAUAUUUUUGUGCCCUUGUGCGAACAUUUCCAUAGAGUUUUAAAUUUGGUUUUUAUACGAUUUUGUAACAAAAUUUUUAAUGCAUUUUCAGUGAAUGAGAUCACAGAAAUAAUGGAAUUGAGAUCAUUCUCUUGGAGAAAAAAAGAUUAUGCAUAAUUUUUAAAGAAGAGCCUCUUUUGCAGGAUAAUUUUCCCCCUGCUUGACUAGCCAAAAAAAUUCCUUGCCAAAAAUUAUAAAAUAAAGUUAAUCUGUUUCCAAUAAAAAUAAAAUGUUAUGUCUAUAAUGAUGUGAGAAAUAUGCAUUGAUUUUUGGAUUGCUUAGUUUUAAAACUUGGGGGAUUUAAAUGAAACAGUCAAGCCAAAUAGAUGAUGUUUGUCACAUUUUUAAAACUAUCCAUGUUCAUGCAUGUUGCUCCGCAAAGGAACUUAAUUAUGCCAGUGACCAAAGUGGGAAGCAAUAUGUUGGCAAUAACAAAUACCCAUAAUUAUCCAGAGAAAAAUAAAUCAGACUGUGGGUAAGGGUUGGUGGUUUGUUGGAGUAUUUAUAAGUGUGGAAUAAUGGGAAACAUUUAUUUUACAGUGAAUUCCAACAGUUUCCUAGAAAUAUGCCUGUGAGGUACUAAGAGGAGAGGGGACAUACCCUUUGGUACAAGCAACAUCCUGUUGUCACCACAGGUUGAUCUCCUGGUAGAUGCUAUUGUAUCCUACUAGACUAGACAGGAAAACAAUCAAAGAUGAUUAAAUACCAGUCAGGUUACAACAUGCUGUCUUCAUUUGUACUUUCUCUGCUUUGUUAUCAGGAUUCAGUAACUGUCAAGAAAUUCUCAAUCCUUUGCCACCCACCAUCUCUUGAGCCCCAGGGUCUCAAGUGAACCUUUAUCUUCCAAUCCCGCCAUCAAAAUAUAUAUCCUCUGUUCCAGUAGGCCAAAAAUACCUACAGCUUUUUAAACCCUGUGGGACAGUUCUACUCUGUCCUUUAGUGUCGCUAUGAGUCGCAAUCAGCUUGACGGCAACGGGUUUGGUUUUGGUUUUUUGGUAGUCCAGUAGGCCAAAAAUACCCACAAAGCACUAUAAUCUUUUUCGGUCCCUGUGACCCUCCCCAGCCUCAUUUUUCUCCACUCCUCUGCUACUCUAGCUCCUCCUCACUAAAAGAGAGGACGAGAGACAAGAGGAGGUGAAAACCUCACUCUGGCAUGGAAAGUAUCAGCAUUCCUUCCUGACCAUUGUCACAUUAGAAUACAUCAGUCUGGCUUCUCCCUUGUUAAACAAACACAGUUGUUUCUACAUUAAACUUUUCAUGCUGCCUAUUAACAUUUAUAAAUGUAAGAAGUUAGUGGCCUAAAUCACAUUAAUUGAUAUACUCUAUUAAGUUCAAAAAUAAGAAAAUUCACACCAAUUUUAGAUUUUGCUUUCACAAUAAAACCUGCAAAAGCAGGAACCUGUGUAAGGCAGAAACCUGUCAGAAAAGGAAAAGUCAACUACUUUUCACUAAUAAAGAGUGAUAGAAAAGUAGUAAGACUGCACCUUGUCAAAGGUGGAAAGCUUACAAGACCCAGAAAAACAAGGCAGUCAAGUUCCAGCUCUCACAGUUUUCACUGUAUGAGCCAGCCGCAUACAUGCCUUAAUGUGAAUCCUCACAUUGGAUUGUGUGCUUAUAUUUUCCUAUUUGUGGCUAAAAUCUAUCCCAGCUAUUUAAGGUAAAUUUUCCCAUGGUCAUCUUUAUUUUUUUGUGUGUUAAUACCUAUUAUAGCCUUAAAAUUGAAUAAUGCACUUUAAAAUAUUUGUGCCAUUUAAGUAAUUUAUUGGCAAAGUUAAGGCAACUGACAUGUAUAUUUCAAUGGAGAAAAAAGAAUAACAGUGUUAGCAAAUAUGUGUCACCUCUUUAAAUAUGGGGGAAUCAGAGACUGAAUAUUUCAAAUCAGCAAAACAUACCUAAAAAAUAUAUCGCAGAGUUUCUGAAAUUACAGUAAUCUUGGAGAUUGGUAUCAGGGGCUCAAAUAUAGCAAAUACAAUUUCAUUAAUGUUAUAUAAUUUAAUAACCUAGUUUGGAUAUUUGUUUAAAAUAUUGUUAAUUUCUCCUGAAAGUUUUAACUGCAUUUCACAAAACCUGCGAAAGUUUUCCUGACCAGAAACAUGGUAAAUCAAAACUGCCACCAAUAGCCAGUAUGAACAUAUUUUGUUUGCUCAAGUCAUUAUAAUUUAAUUAUGAUAUUUCUCUCCUAUAGAAAAUAAUUUCCAAGAAUCACAUCUUUAGUAUAAAUAUCCACAGUUAUUACUUUGAUAAACCUGAAAUAAUUUGAUAGAAGCAUUAAAGUAUGGUCUGAACAAAAUCACAGAGUUACAAAAUUUGGGGAGUAUUCUAGAUUGUGAAAAGUUUCCUUUUGUAUGAAAAUCAAUAAUACAGACCUUGAAGGGAGAAAUGAAGUGGAACCCCUUUGCGACUACCGUUUUGAGGAUAGAACUAAUAGUCAUUUCAUAGCCAAGUACCUUGUGGAGCAUCUGUUGUACAUCAGUGUCAUGAGGCUGGAACUUCACUUGAUUUCAUCCAAAUCUAAGUAACAGAGUCACAAUAAAGUGAGACUUCUGUAAUUGUCUAUUUGGAAGGUUAGCUGAAGCCUUAAUAUAGCAUAUACCUUAUAGAUCCUCAUACAUAUUGCCAAUUUUAGAAACAUAGGAUGUGUAUUACAAACUACUCCUUUUUUUAGCUGAAGAAGUGAGAAUACCAACAUGGAUUUAAAAGGCAAUAAAUUAUUUUUAAAAAAUACGCAAAAUAUUGCUGCUGCCUUUUUUUUUGGCACUUCCCUUUUUCUUCUAAAAGUCGUUUUAUUACGUGUGUUUAACUCUGCAUCGCUUAGAUUUUGCAGAUUUAUUAGCAUAGAAAAUGCUUUUUCGGUUCUAUGCCACUUUUUUGUCACUCUUCUCCAUCAUUAAUCUUUAAAUGACUUCCCUGCCUUGUGAACUGAUUUCUACAUUCUUCAACAUUAAUCUGUGUUUUCUCUCAGAUUUCCUGGUUUUCUUACUUUUUGCCUUCCCAGGCCCCUUUCUGUCUUGGUCAAGCAUGGAAUAAAUUCUGUCCCUUUGACUCUAAAGAUAUGAAAUUCAAACACUGAAAGGACGCCAUAAUUUAGCUCUGGGAAUGAGCAUAAUUUACCUUGGCUUAUUUUACCUAUAAAUUGGAAGACAUCAGGAGUACCGGAAGCACUUCUCCCUGUCCUUGAUAGGUGUUGGAGAACCCUGCCUAGCCCUCUGAUGAGAAGUAAAUUGAAGGAAUUUGAAGAUGUAAAUUGGAUCAGGGGGCCUAAUAAUUCUCUAAAACUAAGUUUCAGAAAUUGCUUCAUGGUAUCAUAAAGUCAAUAUUAUGUUUACUCAUUAGCUGGACAGAAAGAACAUAUGGGCAUUCAUCCAACUGACCUAAAGUCAUUCAUGAUUCAUCCAGACUGGCCAAAUAAUAUGGUUUAUAGCCUUUGUUUCAGCAAAAAGUCCUACAGCUUGAAAGUCCAAUUGGGGCUGGAUUUAUGUCACGUAGAGUUUGUAUAUAAAAUUCAACCGUAUAUUCAUACUCUUGGAACAUUUUUAAACUUUUUUGAUAAUCUAUAGUAGAUCACAUCGAAUGUAACUGAUAUUCCAGACCUCGAGAAGCCAUUUUUCAUUUGCAAAUGUUCAACUUGUUCAUGGACAUGAUUUAGAUGUAAACCACACUCAAACUAGUAAAGAAAAGAUAUAUUUAGGAUAGUUUUAGUGUAUGACACAGAAAAGGUCAAAGGAAAAUCUAACUUGGUUGUUCAAGGGCCCCAGAAAUUGCUGAAAUAUCAAGUUCUCCCCUGUGGCUUUCAAGCUGUGCUGUCGGUCAUUGGUUUUCUGCAAAUUUGUGAGGUAUCUGCGUCAUAACCCAGCUGAGGAAAUAUUCUCAAUAAUCCAGCCAAAUCCUAAAAGUGAAUUUUUUUUAACAUAUUACUCCCUUUUUGUCCAAAUGUAGUUUUAUUGUUUCUUUUAAGUAAAUACCACCUAAAUCUUUGAUACAAAUAUCUGAAUUUCUUUUUCAGCCUAUAGAAAAGCAGCAUUCUUUAUAAAGACAAAUAUUAUAAAGACAAUGUUCCUUUAUAAAGACAAUUUUGUAUGUAAGUAUCAUUACUUUUAUCAGUUGACUACAAACCCUUUUUCUUACCAACUUCAAAAACACAAUUUUUUUAAAGUUCCAUGUGGCAGCCCCUCAAUAGCUUACUUUUGAUAUUUGGUCAUUUUCAUCAUAAUGGGUAUUGAAAUGACAUUUAAUAAAGUAGAGCAGCCUUGUAUUUCAUAUGAAACCUAGAAUGGUGAAAGGUUUUUAGAUUACCAUGUACCUUGACAAGGACAAUAUGUUACAGAUUUUUAAUGUGAAAAUUAAUUGACAAUCUUGUUGCUCAUAGAAGCAAUUAUUAGUAUGUAAUAGUAAAUUCUGAGACCACAGAAAAUAACUCUCUGUAAAAAGAACAGUAAAAACAGCUGCAGUGAAAUGCUAUUAAAUCCUCUUAACAUAUUAUUGAGAAACCACAACAGUUAGUUGCUUAUAUUUUAAGCAAAAUUAAUUAUAAGACACUUCUAUACAAUAAAUACAUUUUUACAUCUAUGUAUACCUACUGCUAAACUGGGCAGUUAAAUUAUUCACAUUCUCUUUUUUGCACAAAGAAUAUAAAAUGUUAAAAAGAAAAACUCUUGGCUGUUUUUUUUUUAUAUUUAAUCUAUGAUUACUGUAUGUCCAGAAAUUACAAUUCCAAGGAAUAAUUGUCAUCUCCUAUUUGAAUUAUCAGAGUAUGUCACAUUUCAAUUACAUUCUCAUGAAAAAUAGCAAAUGAAGAGCAAUUUCUUAAUUGUAAAAUGAAUGUUUUUCACCAGUAGUUGGUACCAGGUCUUGUUCAUUGUGUCAUUAUAUUGCAUAAUUUUAGUUUCCUGUAAAAUGUGUAGCCAUUUUUCAAAUAUGUCAUAAUAUUUGUCAUGUUUAAAAUGAGCCUGGUUGAAAAGACUUUAUUUCCUUUGCUUUUUCAAUGAUACUUGGAAAUAUUUAUGCAAUUUUAUUGAACUUUUUCUACAUUAGUAAUGUUCUUAACUUUGGUAUCCAUAAAACUAUAUAGAGGAAACUAUUAUGAAUACAUUUUGAGAAAGAGGCAGGUAGAAAUACAGUUAAAAAAUGCCAAUAUUAAUGUUCUUAUGUAGAAUGCCUUGAAAAUAAGUAGGAAAGGAAAAAAACAAAUUCUGAGAUGAAAAUAUUGGAAAAUAAGAAAUAUUUAAGACCUUAAUUUCUUAGAUUGUCAAAAGUAAUCAGCUUUUUAUUCCCAACUCAUAAUUUCAUGCUGUUGUUUCAGUGAAUUGUGAUUUUUGGCAUAGUAUUUAGGUUCCUGCAUCAUUUUGUGUUUAAACAUUACAAAAAGAAUGGAAGGAAUUACUGAAUAAAAUCCAGAGAAACUAGGUUCAUUCCCCUUUUCCAAUAGCACUCAUGUGUAGUCCCCUUAGUCUUCCAUACACUGCCUUGUGUGAUGAGAGUAUUUAACGUUUAUAUAUGUUAUUAGUGCCUUAUUUUUUUCACUUGACUUUAUUUCUUAUCUAAAGAGCCAUGUAAUUUUUGUGAGUGUUUUUUGGUCCCUCUAUUUAAAUGCUAAGGAAACAGUGUAUCUUUAGGCAUGUGUAUAGACUGCAUUUGCUUCCUUAAUCCACUGUAUUAUCUCUAGAACAUCAGCUUAACCAAUGUUUCUUUUCUUAAAUUCACUUUUCAUUUUAAGUUAACAUUAAAAAAAAAAAAGAUACUAAACACCAGAAAUUGAAGCCAUUUUCAUCAAAAUUUAUUUCAAAACUGCAAAAAAGAUGCUGAUUAUUAAAGUUUAAAGUAACAGUUGAAAUGGUUGUCAGUCUUUAUAGCUCCAAUUAAGACAAAAUUACAAAGAAGCACUGAAAAUAAAAGCAACUAUAUGGUACUUCAGGAAUUUGACCAAUUCCCUGCAACUGGUCUUUGGCAAUAUUUUAUUUGUAAUAUACUUCCAUAUAGAUGCUAGAGUGGUGUUUGCUAUUUACAUGUUGUUACUCAUUCACAGUGGGCUUUAUCAGCAUCAGGCCACUUUGUACAAUUUAUUAUUUUGCUCUUCUUGGUCAGUGCCUUUUGUUUCAGCUUUAUACAAAAUACUGGUUUUGUUGUAUUCUUUAUGUACCAUAGUAUAUAAUUCAACUUUUACUGAUGAAUGUAUGAUAAAUAAUUAAAACAAACCAUGUGCUUAGAAAAAAAAAUAUACAGGCUGCAUAUGCAAAUAUGUAUAAAUAUUCGACAAAAAAAAAAAGGAAAAGAAUCCUGGCAACAGAUACGUCCUGCUGGACAGGACCUGGAAAUUAACCAAUUUUUUUUAAGCAGUGAACUUUAAAAAUCUAUUACCUCAAUUUUCAGUGGAUGUGUGUCAGUGUACUGCUUCUUAGAAAAUGCAGUCUCACUUGCUGCUGGCAGUAAAAGCAACCCAAAUGUUAUCACACAAUUUUAGGGACAUGCCUUUCAACAGGUGGAUACCUUGUGGUAUUUUGGAGUCCAAUUUUGGACUUUUGAUACUGUCCCUAUGGCCUUUUUUUUUGUGGUUGGGCUUUUUAAAUUGUUUUUGGUUGAUUGUUUUGGAAUGGAAGGGUAGUAUUAAUUAUGAAAUAAGAUCUCACUUGGAUAAAAACUAUAAUGGGAAUCAAACUAUUUUGAUUGUCACUGUAUGAACCAUUGUAUGGAUUUCUGUGGUGUGCUGUUUACUCACAUGGUGUAUUCAAUACAUCAUGCAGUGUCAUCUAGCAAUGCCUAAUAAAAGUUUUAAAAAGAGAAGGCUGUUGUCUUUUUUCCAGUAGCUUUGGGAUAGCAGGAAUGAAAAGAAAUUCGUGUCACAGGUGUGCUUCUAGGAAGGUGGAACGUGAUGGGUUGCUGUGACAUGUUUUGGAAGGAGAACAGAAUAGGGAUGAUCAAUCUGAAUAUUUUGCAAGGGCAUGAUAGAGACUCUGGGCAAGUACUGUGGAAGUGGAAGGUUGAAUUACGGUGGUGAUUGUUGUCUCGACAAAGCAGACUGGAUUUGGGUGGGGGAAAGUAGAGACCACUAAAAAGAAAUAGAACCAUCUUCUUGUCACACAGAGAGUGGUUUACUCUUACACUCCAAGAGUAGGAUGGCACAGAUGAUGUUGUUGGUGUAGGACUUUUUAAUAAAUUUGAAUUGGUGUGAAAGCCUCAAUGAUUUCCAUUUAAUUUUUUUUUUUGUACUUUAGAUGUAUAGGGUUGCAAUGAGUCGGAAUCGACUCGACAGCACUGGGUUUGGUUUUGGGUUUUGGUACUUUAGAUGAAGAUUUACAGAACAAACUAGUUUCUCAUUAAACAGUACACAUAUUGUUUUAUGACAUUAGUUAACAACCACACAUGUCAACACUCUCCCUUCUCGACCUUGGGUUCCCUAUUACCAGCUUUCCUAUCCCCUCCUGCCUUCUAGUCCUUGCCCCUGGGCUGCUGUGCCCCUUCGGUCUCAUUUUUUUUUUAUGGGCCUGUCUAAUCUUUGGCUGAAAGGUGAACCUCAGGAGUGACUUCAUUACUGAGGAAAAGGGUGUCUGGGGACAAUGUAUUUAAUUUUUGCCUUCCUAUCUAUAAAAAGGGGAAACCCUGAUGAUGUAGUGGUUAAGUGCUAUGGCUGCUAGCCAAAAGGUCAACAGUUUGAACCCACUAGGCACUCCUUGGAAACUGGGGUGGUUCUGCUCUAUCCUAUAGGGUUGCUAUGAGUCAGAAUUGACUUGACGGCAAUAGGUUUAACUAUAAAAGUAAUAUGCAACCCCUACCUCUUGCCAUAAACAAAUAUUGACUUGAGGUAUUUCAUAGGCCUGUAAGUGAAAGGCAAAAACAAUAAAACUUUUGGGAGACUACAUAGGAGAAUAUAACACUGAGAAAGGUAAAACCUUCCUAAAUGGGACACAAAAGGCCCUAACCAUGAAAGGAAAAAAUGAAAAUCUAAAACAUAUGUUACAAAGGACUUUUACCCAGAAUAUACAAAGAGUUCCUACAAAUCAAUAAGAAAAAGACAAGCUAAUUUUUAAAAAAGCAGGAGACUGAAAUGGGCCCUUUAGAAAAGUGCCAAUAAGUACCUUUCUUAUUCAAUGAAAAUGUCCUCAAUAUUCUUACUCAGCAGAUAAUUAAAUGACAGUUAGAUACCACUAUGCCUCAUAAGCCUGCUGCCAUCAAGUUGAUUCAGACUCAUAGCAACCCUAGAGGACAGGGUAGAACUGCCCCAUAGGGUUUCCAAGGAGCACCUGGUGGAUUCAAACCGAUGAUCUUUUGGUUAGCAGCUAUAGCUUUUAACCACUAUGCCACUACGGUUUCCAAGAACAGGUAAAAUAAAAUACAAUACGAAGUAUUGCUGAGAAUAUGGCACAAGUGAACUCUCAUAAAUUGCAGUUGGGAGUGUAAAUUGAUGCACACCAUUUUGGGAAAAUAUUUACCAGUAUCAAUAAAAACUAUAUACAUAUACAAACACACACGUAUAUGCCUGCACUGUGACCUGAGGAGCCCUGGUGGUGCAGUGGUUAAGCGCUUGGCUGCAACCAAAAGGUCAACGGUUCGAACCCUACAGCUACUCUAUGGGAGAAAGAAAUGGCAGUCUGUUUCCAUAAAGAUUACAGCCUAGGAAACCCUAUGGGGCAGUUCUACUCUGUCCUUUAGGGUUGCUGUGAGUUGGAAUUAACUCCUAGCAACAGGUUUACCCUAUUACCUAGCAAUUCCUCUACUAGGGGAAUGAGAAAAUUCCUCCAAGGGAAAUGAGAGCAUUUGUUGACCAAAUAUCUACAAGACUGUCCAUUAACAGAAAAAAUGGAUAAGUAAAUUGUAGCACAUUCAGACAAUGGACUAUUACAGAGCAAUAAAAAUGAAGGAACUACUGAGAUAUGCAACAAUAUAGUUGGAUCUCAUAGAUAGGUUUUUUUUUUUUUGCACUAAAGGAGCCAGACACAAAAGAUGACAUGUAUGUAUAUGUAUAUGAGGAUCAAAAACAGACAAAACUAAUCAAUGAUGGUAGAAAUCAAAAGAGUUUACUUCUGGAGUAGGGGAUUAUUGACUGGAAAGAGACAGAAGGAUGCUUCCAGCAAUGAUUAAAACAAAAAUUCUAUUACUUCAUCCGGUUGUAGUUAUAUAACUGUAUAAUAUAUAACUUUUUUGUGCUAUAUAUUUAAAACCUGUACACUUUAAACUUAUCUUGAAUAUAAUUUAUACCUCCAUUUAAAAAAUAAGCAAAAUAAAAAAAGUAUAUGUACCUAUCUUUUUUUUUGCUCUACUAAUUAUAUGUAUAUAAAAAAAAUAGAGAGACAAAUUGCGCACUUUGAAGCUGAUACCAAUUUACAGUCUCUUCACCAAUUUACGAGAGUUUUCAUUCCAGUUUACCCUCACUAAAAUGGCUUUAAUGUCUUUAAUAUUUGCCAAUUUGAUAGGUGAAAAGUUAAAUUAAGGGCCAAUUUGGCUACAUUUAUUGCUCCAACUUUUUUCUCUAAAUUUCCGUAAAUCUGUUUGCAUUUAGAUCCUUUCAUUGUAAGUAGUGAGCACUCAUAAUUUCCUUUCAUUUUCCCAAAUAUUUCCAGGUCCCAAGUCAUUAUAUUUAAAAUGCAAUACUGGUGAUACUUCUGAUUAUAGCUACCAAAACAAAUCCAUUGCCAUCGAAUUGAUUCCAACUCAUAGCGACCCCUUAGGACAGACUAGAACUGCCCCAUAGGGUUUCCAAGGGGCAGCUGGUGGAUUCCAACUGCUGACCUUUUGGUUUAGCAGCCAAGCUCUGAACCACUGCGCCACUACAGCUCCAUUAUAGCUACAAACGUAUAUAAUACAGUAGAGAUGUACUUACACAGUUCAGUACAAAUGUUUGGCGUAACAUAUGUUGCAAAAUGAGCCUGAGAUUGGAACCAUGAAUCUGUUUUUCUGGCAUUCUGGUUCCAGAGUGCCUCACCCACUGUUGGACACGCUGAGUGUGAUUCUGGCAUUUGAUAGUGUUUUACAAACCACUUAUCCCUUCAUCAUGAGCCAGUUAUGUCAUCUGACACUCAAAAGAAAGAAGUAAUGGAGAAAGGAAGAGAGGGAGGGAGGAGUAAAGGAAGGAAGAAAAAAUACACUAACUAUAGCUGGAAUCAUCUCAACUGAAAAACGAUGUGCCAGUCUCCAAUGGGGCACCUCCCUACAGAGUUUUUUAGUGUAGUUUGACUCUUUUUGAUUUUAACCCUGUGCUUUAACUUUAGACAGUAACCCCUGCCUAAGACUAUGCUCCACUUAUUUCUUAAAUGAAAUUUAUAUUUAGACAAAGUACUGUUAGGAGUUUGACACUGAAAAUAAAAUAAUUAUUAGGAACAAAAUUUAUAAAAGAUCAGGUUUUAAGCCUCAAAUCACAAUUGAGGUAGUUUUGCAAAGAAGUUAAAAAAAAAAAAAAAAAGGCUUAAAA